AUGACUUCAAAUCUUUCCCUAGAAGAGCGAAGGGACAUUUUUACUAGGCACAUUGACGCUAUAGAUUUUGUCGCCCCCAACGCCUCGUUAGACCUCGGUAAAUUGUCCUUCCCAGCAUGGAGGAAUGAAUUGAUCGAAUCUUUCGUCAAUGAUAAGAAGACGAAGGAUCCCAAUUCGCUCCUGCCAUCGCGGUCGCGACUGGAAAGGAUGAUCCGGGACAAGAAAGCGAUCGCCGCUGAUCCCGACGUCAUUUUGGACGUACCAGAGGGCUACAAGGGAACUCCGGCAUCGUAUAAGAACUCCUUGAAGUACGACCACGACCUUAAUGAUGGCGUACUCAUGGAGAAGUACAUGCCCAGAGGGGAGGGUAAAAACAAGGAGGAAUGGAAGCAAGUAGUACUGGGCGAGAAGUUUUGGGCUCUCUUCGCAGAGAAUCAUUUGCCUGGCCACUUUGGCAGGGACAAAUUUUUUGUAAGCGUAGGCUCAAAAAAGUAUCUCCCCAAGAAGAUCAUUGGGAACAUGAUACUUAGCUGCUGUAGCUCUUGCGGGGGAAGAACGAGGAGAAAGAGGGAGCUGCCAGUCGAAGGAGAUGCUGUAGAAGGGCCAGCCGCCAAAAGACGCCGAGCCUCUUCUAUUCCCUCUCUUAAGAGAGAGAUUAGGCUAUGUUCCGUCGGCCUUCCAAGCGGUCAGUUGGCCAGCCCUUCGUCGGAUCUCCCCGCUUCUGGUCCCUCUAAUCCUGAUGCCGGUGGAACGGCUAUCAAUGGCGAGAAAUGGGAACUCUUUGGCGGUCAAUCUUAUGAUGCUCCUUACGUUACCAUUUCUUCUACCCUCCUGACCUCGACCCUUAUUUCCGAUCCUACUCCGAUUCUCGUCCCGACUGCAAAUUCUAGUUUUGGUCAAUUAAUGACAGCGGAUGAAAUGGAUGCCUUGUUUGCUAAAUUUGAUGAAGAUUUUUUCACUCGUUAA